ACACGCUUUACAUCGAAAUCCAGACGUCUAUCCAUCUCUAUGGAACUGAUUUUACGAAGAACGUAGCCUUACGUAGCGUCUCCAUCUCACUCUGUUGUUGCUGAGUGUAGAUUAUGGUUAAAACCAUCUGAACUGAACGAACGUCAGUGUUUUGCGGCUGUGAAGUUAACGUAGUUGCUUUUGUUUGAGCCCAAGCUAGCUAGCUACCUUAGCUAGCUAAGUUACCUUACUACAGUAGCUAGCAGGUUCAACCCCAUAACAUAUUAUAUUAAAGUAUAUUAUUUAGGGUUGCUUCAAGCGAUUGGCAAGUCAAAGGUAUUUCUGGAAGAGAUCUGUGGAGGAAUUCUUAGCCUAACAAUCCCCAUCUUCAUUGGUCGCGUGGGCCUCUUCAGUGUGUGCAAAUGGAUCCAUUCAUUGUUGCCUGGCUGAAGGACUGAUCAACACAACUGACUACAAAGAUGGAGAGAAAACGCAGAAAGAAAUGAAAAAAAGCUCCAGCCACAUGAAAUGAGGGCAUCUUCGACCACCGGACAUGAACUGCUCUGUUGAUGAUUAACAUAACUGUUCUUUUUCUGUCUUAUGUUCACCAAUAUCUCCUGGUUGUUAGGCCUGCUCUGGGCUUGGAAAGAUAAAUACUAUUUUUGAUGGGUGGGGGACUGAAAAGGACUUCUUGGACCAUGCCUAUAUGGCUGCCAGCACUAGUGGCCCUGCUAUGUGGCGGCUUGCCUCUGGUGGGGUCAGAGGGCGGAUAUGAGGCUGAGUCCUCCAACACUGAUGAGACCAUCAGUUCUAACUGCUCAAGUCUCACUGUGAAACUGGAAUUCUCCACCAAAAUAGUGGAACAUGAGUACAUUGUGGCGUUUAAUGGCUACUUCACAGCCAAGGCACGCAGCCACUUUAUCAGCAGCGCUCUGAAGAACUCCGAGGCCGUGGACUGGCGCAUCGUGCCCCGGGAGAACCCAGCCAGCGACUUCCCCAGUGACUUUGAGGUGGUGCAGAUCCGCCAGGCCCCUCGUCACAGCUUGCUGACCCUGGAGGACCAUCCGUACAUCAAGCGAGUCACUCCACAGCGCAAGGUGUUCCGCACACUCAAGUAUACACCUGACCCACCGGACCCCGGGGUGCCCUGGAGCAACCACACCCGAUGGACCCAGAAGUGGCAGUCCUGGCAGUCCUCGCGGCCUCUGCGACGGACCAGUCUGUCCCUGGCCUCUGGCUUCUGGCACGCCACCGGGCGCCACUCCAGCCGGAGGCUACUGAGGGCCAUCCCCCGACACGUGGCCCAGAUACUGCAGGCUGAUGUUCUCUGGCAAAUGGGACACACCGGUUCUGGGGUGAAGGUGGCUGUGUUUGACACCGGACUCAGUGAGAAACAUCCACAUUUUAAAAACGUGAAGGAGAGAACCAACUGGACCAAUGAAAAGACACUUGAUGACGGGCUGGGUCAUGGUACCUUUGUUGCUGGGGUCAUUGCCAGCAUGAGAGAGUGUCAGGGCUUUGCCCCAGACUCUGAGCUUCACAUCUUCAGAGUGUUCACCAACAAUCAGGUGUCCUACACCUCCUGGUUCCUGGAUGCCUUUAACUAUGCCAUUCUGAAGAAGAUUGAUGUCUUAAACCUCAGCAUUGGCGGCCCUGACUUCAUGGACCACCCCUUUGUAGACAAGGUUUGGGAGCUGACAGCCAAUAGAGUGAUCAUGGUCUCUGCCAUUGGGAACGACGGACCACUGUAUGGCACCCUAAACAACCCCGCUGACCAGAUGGAUGUGAUUGGUGUCGGUGGCAUCGACUUUGAGGACAACAUUGCCAGGUUCUCCUCCCGGGGGAUGACUACUUGGGAGCUGCCGGGUGGAUAUGGCCGAGUAAAGCCAGACAUUGUGACCUAUGGCUCUGGGGUGAGAGGCUCCGGUAUGAAAGAGGGCUGUCGUUCUCUCUCAGGAACCAGCGUAGCGUCACCUGUAGUGGCUGGAGCUGUGACCCUACUGGUCAGCACGGUGCUGAACAGAGAGCUGGUGAAUCCUGCCAGCAUGAAGCAGGCUCUGAUCGCUUCGGCGCGGAGGCUCCCUGGAGUCAACAUGUUUGAACAGGGCCACGGAAAACUGGACCUCAUAAGAGCCUACCAGAUCCUCAACAGCUACAAGCCCCAGGCCAGUCUCAGUCCCAGCUACAUCGACCUGACGGAGUGUCCCUACAUGUGGCCCUACUGCUCCCAGCCCAUCUACUACGGGGGCAUGCCCACCAUUGUCAACGUCACCAUCCUCAACGGCAUGGGUGUGACUGGCAGGAUUGUCGACAAGCCCAUCUGGCAGCCCUACCUACCACAGAACGGAGACCAUAUCGACGUGGCGGUAUCCUAUUCACCGGUCCUCUGGCCCUGGGCCGGCUACCUGGCCGUCUCCAUCUCUGUCGCCAAGAAAGCAGCGUCAUGGGAGGGGGUUGCCCAGGGUCAUGUCAUGGUUACGGUGGCCUCGCCUUCUGGGAAUGACUCGGAGGUGGGUGGGGAGAUGACCUCUACAGUUAAGUUGCCAGUGAAGGUGAAGAUAGUGGCCACUCCUCCUCGUAGUAAGAGGGUUCUGUGGGACCAGUACCACAACCUGCGCUACCCGCCAGGCUACUUCCCUCGAGACAACCUGCGCAUGAAGAAUGACCCGCUGGACUGGAACGGAGAUCACAUUCACACAAACUUCAGGGACAUGUACCAGCACCUGAGGAGUAUGGGUUAUUUUGUGGAGGUCCUGGGGGCUCCUAUCACCUGUUUUGAUGCUAGUCAAUAUGGGACUUUAAUGAUGGUGGACAGUGAAGAAGAGUACUUUCCGGAGGAGAUAACCAAGCUGCGGAGGGACAUCGAUAAGGGACUGUCUCUCAUUGUCUUCAGUGACUGGUACAACACCUCUGUCAUGAGGAAAGUCAAAUUCUACGAUGAAAACACCAGGCAGUGGUGGAUGCCGGACACAGGGGGCGCCAACGUACCAGCUCUGAAUGACCUGAUCUCCGUAUGGGGGAUGGCAUUUAGUGAUGGGCUUUUUGAGGGAGACUUCACCAUGGCGGACCACGACAUGUACUACGCAUCAGGCUGCAGUAUUGCAAAGUUUCCAGAAGAUGGUAUUGUGAUUGCCAAGACCCUGAAAGAUCAAGGGCUGGAGGUGUUGAAGCAGGAGACUGCUGUUGUGGAGGGCGUUCCUAUACUGGGACUGUACCAAACACCGUCUGAAGGAGGAGGUCGGAUUGCCCUAUACGGAGACUCAAACUGUAUAGAUGACAGUCACAGGCAGAAAGACUGUUUCUGGCUACUGGAUGCUCUCCUGCAGUACACCUCCUACAGCAUGACACCUCCCAGUCUCACCCACUCUAAGAGCAGGGUGGCUCCUCCCACUGUCACUGACCACCCCCUCCCAGAGAGGCUAGAAGGCAAUCAUCUAUAUCGCUACUCAAAGGUAUUGGAGGCUCAUCUGGGAGACCCUAAACCCCGGCCACUCCCUGCCUGCCCCCACCUGUCAUGGUCCAAACCACAGCCACUUAAUGAGACAGCACCCAGCAACCUUUGGAAGCACCAGAAGCUGCUGUCUAUUGACAUGGACAAAGUAGUGCUACCCAACAUCAGAAACUACAAGCCCCAGGUCCGGCCUUUGUCCCCUGGGGAGAGUGGAGCUUGGGACAUCCCUGGAGGUAUAAUGCCUGGCCGAUACAACCAGGAAGUGGGCCAGACCAUCCCCAUGUUUGCCUUUCUGGGAGCCAUGGUUGUGCUGUCCUUUUUUGUGGUGCAACUCACAAAAUCCAAGAGCAAGCCCAAACGACGAAAACCCAGAGUCAAACGGCCAACUUACCUACAGCAGCAACAGCAACAACAGCUGUCCCCAGCAGGCAAGAGCCCCGCCGUGUGAGAUGGUCUGCCCCACCGGGACGGAACGUUGGGCCGCAGCUUCCAAGGCCGUGAACUCUGCAGGCAUGCCUACGUUGCAGUGCUAAAACUGGGUUCUUCUGACAUCCAGUCAGGACUGUUGGAUGAACAAUAUUAGUGGGCACUUGGUUUGACUUUUGACAAAUACAGCCUACAAAUCCUGUCAAGGACGUUUGCCCUAGGACCUUGUCCCUCUCGCCUCAAAAGAGCUUUUCAUUCCACUGACCAAAUGUAGUUUGAUUGAAAUGCGUCUGUCCAGUUUUUGUAUUUAUUGAAUCUGUACAUCAUCCUCCGAUUGGCCUUUCUUGUGUGUUAUUAUUAUUUUUUAAGUCGGAUUAGGUGAACUGGACUGAAUUUGUCCUCAGAUCUUUAUUUGGGACUUUAUCUAUUUGUUCAGGCGAUUAUGGGUAGUGUAAUUGAUUGUUUGUUUUUAUAUUUUGUAUAAUGAGCUCUGAUGAAACGUUCUGUUAAUAUCUACCCUGAUUUAACUGCCAGUGUUAUUUCAUUGACAGUCUUUUCAAACAGUAUCUCAUCAAUAAAAAAAAAGCUUAAACCUUC